AUGGAACGUGUGUUUUCUCUCCGUACCUCUUUGCUGCCGGUUUCGGCGCCCUCCUCUCGAGCCCCGCUCUUUCCAUUCGCGCGGACAGCACGCCGACCACUGCGGAGGGAGUCACCGGCUCUCGCGCCGUGGAGGUGGCAAGCGGUCCCAACUGAGGCUCCACUCACGAACCCGCAGAGACGCAGCGAGCCGAGGGAACUGCAAAGCGACGCCCCUGAGCCGCCGAGCCCCUUUUCAGGGUCGGGGGGGCGGUCUUUCUUCGCUCUCUCUGCACCCCGACUUGCGAAGGUGGGCCCUUCGAAGGGGCGCGGCCCGCUGCUGGCAAAGUACGCGUCGAGCGGCUUCAAGAAGGGCUUUGGAGCUGUCGGUUUGGGCCGCCACACGAAGAAAGGUUUUUUCAUCAUCAACCCAAUGCUCGUCCCCAUGUUCAAAGUCCCCGACCUCUCCAACUGCAACCUGAAGUGCUACGUCGCCCCCGACGCGUACCGCGUGGUGCAGCAGAGCUUCAGCAAGCAGAAGAUCGACGACGGCGAAGACUUUUGA